ACCAGUGCACAUUUGGGUUUCUACAACUUUCUCCCAGCUUCUUUCUCCAAUAAGACUAGUUUAUAAUAGUAGUAAUAAUAAUAAAACACCAGCCAGGCCAACGGCCGCCGGUGGAGGGAAGAAAUUUCAUGAGGAGAAUUGCGAGUCAAUAGCGGCCAUCUCUUUCUAGAAACAAGAUUCUAACUUUUUUCAAAACUGCUGACUUCAUUUACACAUUUCUCCCUCUCCAAGCGCAUACAUAGAAAAACUUAUCUGGCUUUCAUUGGAAAACCUUAGGGUCGAAGGAAGAAAGCUACGAAAAUCGUAGCCGGUGGCUGCAGCUGGGGCCUGUAGAGUGGAGGGUCCCAUUUCUCAAUUAAAAGCCAAUAACUGCUUCAACUGCUGUUCAGACGCGCCAGGGGAGGAGAAGGCGCUUUCAUAGUACCUAAGCUCGAGAAGACACGCGCAUUGACUCCGACCAAGUAUAUUCAUACCCCAUCGAAUCACGCUCACUCCUCCAUUGUAUCUCUUACUCUAGCUUUCCAUGGAUUCUCUCAAGGAGGAAGAAGCUCUCGGUUCUCGAACUACUCAUCAGGAAACUGCUACUGCUGCUGCCGGCGUUCCGAAUGGAAGAUCCGAGCCAGCGUUGACUGAGAUAAACACGAAUGGGAACAAGGUUAGUGCUGCUAAGGAGAGAAAGACGAAUAAGAAAAAGUUGAGGAGAAAAUAUUGGUAUUUGCCGAAAAUUGGAUGCUUGAAGAUUGAACAGGACGAGGAAGGGAAUUUUGAUGCGGAGGUAGAAACUAUCGGAGAGCCUGCCAAUCCGGCUCAUCUUGUUGUAAUGGUCAAUGGCGUUAUUGGCAGCGCUGACAACUGGAAAUUCGCCGCCAAACAGCUCUUGAAACAAUAUCCCCGAGAUGUUAUAGUUCACUGCAGCACAACUAAUUCUUCAACAUUGACAUUUGAUGGUGUUGACGUAAUGGGAGCAAGAUUAGCAGAAGAGGUUAUAUCAGUGAUAAAACGUCACCCAUCCGUUAAGAAGAUUUCAUUCAUAGGUCAUUCUUUGGGUGGGCUAAUAGCGAGAUAUGCUAUUGCUAAGCUCUAUGUACGGGAUCUUACUAAGGAACUUCCUCAAGGAAAUGGAGACUGUAGAACUGAUGUCAAUGUAGAUACGGGAAUGGAGGAGCAAAUCAAAAGCAAAAUCGCUGGAUUGGAGCCUGUAAAUUUCAUAACCCUUGCUACCCCACAUCUCGGUUCAAGGUGGCAUAAACAGGUGCCCUUGUUUUGCGGCUCUUACUCUAUGGAAAAAGUGGCUGCUCGUAUUUCAGGGAUUCUUGGGAGAACUGGAAAACAUCUGUUCUUGACUGAUACUGACAAUGGAAAACCUCCACUUCUUCUUCAAAUGGUUAGGGAUUGCGAAGAUCUUAAAUUUAUGUCUGCUUUGCAGUCCUUCAAGCGUCAUGUUGCCUAUGCAAAUAUACGUUUUGACAACCUCGUAGGAUGGAGCACAUCAUCUUUACGGCGCCAAAAUGAGCUUCCAAAGAGGCGACAUCUUUCAAGAGAUGAGAAAUACCCACAUAUAGUACACAUGAAAUCUAGCCCUAAGCAAGAUUCCUCAUUGGAUGCAAAAGUUGAUGGAUGCAAGUCUGUCAACAUGGAAGAGGAAAUGAUCCAAGCUUUGACGCAAGUGAAUUGGGAGCGGAUUGAUGUUAAAUUCAACGGAUUUAAACAGAGGUUGCUCGCACACAAUACUAUUCUGGUAAGAAGCUACUGUAUAAACGCUGCUGGAGCUGACGUGAUCCAACACAUGGUCGACAACUUUCUCAUAUAAAAGGUGCAAAAUGGUUGUAGUAUAACUUAAGUCGGUGUUUUUCCCAGCUUAGGACCCAUGGUAAUUGCAUCCUGAAGCCAAAUUACAGUGACCUCAUUGUGUGAGGCAGCAGUUAAAUUCAGCUGGACCAAGUUUGUAAAGGUGUAACCCAAGGGAAUUGAACGAAAUUUAAAGAGGCGGCGGCGUAAUAGGAGAUGAUGAAGCAAAAUGCAUCGGUUUCUCCCGAAGGCGUAGAAACUCCAGGCAUUAGCAAAUGUUGUUCUGUUAAAUAAAUUGGUAAAGUUCCGUUAUUCUUUUUAUUCGUCAUACCUGUCAAAUUCACAGGUGGCAUUAUAUAAUGAGCUAAGUAUAUAGGAAUGUAUCAACUUCUCGAAAAAUUAUGGAGCAUAUUGGCUAAUAGUAUUCCUUCAAUUUGUUCCUUGGGAACGCUCUUGA